CAAAGGCAGAAAUGAAAAACAACUGAUCAAUAGACAUUUGUCCAUUAAGUCGACAAUUUUCUAUUGACAAAACACUUUAAACAUAUUAUUCUAAAUAAUAUUUGCAAGCUUCUAUAAUUCUCAUUCUUGUAAGUCAAUUAGUGUAAAUAAAUAUAGGACUGUCAAGCUCUGCUCACAAUGUCUUGUACAUUUUAUGAAUAUAGUGUAGGCAAUAAAUCAUCAGAAAGCUUGAAUUUCCUUCUUAAUGAAACAGCGAAUGAUUUGCGGAAUAAAAUAGCGGCCACUUUAUUACAUCAAAAACCACACAAUUCUAAUCUCACUAAAAAUGAAUUAUAUGCAUUAAAACAGCUGAAAAAUAAUAAGGCAAUUAUCAUUACGAGAGCAGAUAAAGGGAACACGACUGUUACUAUAAACAAGUCAGACUACGAGAAAAAAGCCAGGGAACAUCUUCAAGAUGGCCUGUAUGAAUUAAUUAAGGUCGAACUACGCCUAAUAAACUUAAGGCUAAAACUAGCAGAAUCCUAGUCAUUAUGGUUCAUAUUACAUCCAAAAUGUUGUAAUCC